AUGAAUCUCCACCAUGUCACGCUAUUCAUGACACUCCACGUCAUCCACACGCAAGCUCAGUUCCCAAUGCAGUUCCCUUCAGCAAUGCCCAUGCCAAUGGGUAUGCCACCCAUGCCAAUGCAAAUGCCAAUCGUCGGCCCGCCACAACUGCCAAGCGUCGUAAUGCCAUACCAUUCCCGUACAGCCGAUAAAUUCAGAGAGAAACCAAGGAAGCCAAAAAAGUCGAGGAAACUGAAGAAGAAAAAACAAAAAAAGAAACGUUACGAAUCGGAAUCCGAUUCUUCUGGUUCUGAUGAUAGUCGAUCUAUGUCUGGGUCUGAAAGUCUUGAAAUCAGUUUAACUCGUAGAGCUAAUAAAGAUCACAAGAGAAGACGUGAGGUCCUCACGCCGGUGGUGUCUUACGUGACCAAUGAUGGCUAUGUGGUAUAUCAGAAAAAGAUAAAGAAGGAUCGGGCUAAGGACUGGUUGGAGUUAGGAAAGAAUUCGGAUCCUAAUGCGUUGGAAAUCAAGGAUAGUGAGAGUGAUGAGUUUGAAGGAAAGGAUUCGGUUCGGAAGCGUCGUUUUAAGUCUCGUCGGUCAUAG